GAGUGCUGAAGAUCAUCAUCAUCGUCAUCAUCAUCAGCAGCAGCAGCAGAGGUUCAGCUCAUGACUGAAGGUCAUGAAGCAGCCAGUGAAGUGACCGCUGAGGACACGACAGCCUGACGGUGCUGCACAUGAGCACCAUGGCCUCCAAAGAGAGACUGUAUGAGGUGUGGAUGCUCUACUACACUAAGAGGGAUCCAGACUAUUUGAAGUUAUGGUUGGAGAUCUUCAUCGGUGCCUACGAGCGAUGUCUGGACGUGGACUUUGAAAAACCUCCUUCAAGGCCAGAAGAGCUCCCCCCGGUGUUGACCCUCCUCCCCGACAACAUCCUGCAGGUUUUACGCCACCAGCUGCUGCAGUGUGUCCAGAAGGCGUCUGACGGCCUGGAGCCAGAGCAGCAGAACCUGGCUCUGCUGCUGCUCAAGUUCCUCAUCAUCAUCUGCAGGAACCUGUCCAACGUGGAGGAGAUUGGCACCUGCUCUUACAUCAAUCACAUCAUCACCAUGACAACGCUCUACAUUCAGCAGCUCAAGAGCAAGACCAAAGAGAAGGAGAUGGCAGACCAGAGUCAGGCUGAGGAGUUUGUACGCCACGCACUGACGUUCUGCGAAAGCCUCUACGACCCGUACCGCAACUGGAGGCAUCGGACCUGCGGGGAGCAGCUGGGAACAGUGGAGAGGAACAGACAGAAGUACAAAGCUGCUCCGCUAACCGUCGAGUUUGUCCCCUUCUUUUACCAGUGCUUCCAGGAAAGCGAGCACCUGAAGGAAAGUCUAAAAUGCUGCUUGCUGCACUUGUUUGGAGCCAUCGUAGCAGGUGAUCAGAAGAACGCCGUGCUCGCCAUCUCUCCUGCCACCAUGGAGGUGCUGAUGCGAGUGCUCGCCGACUGCUCCAUGGGAAGCUGCCCCUCCGACGAGGGCGAGGACUGGGACAGCGAGGCCCCCGACAGGAAGGCCCUGCUGACUCUGGGCUGCCUGCGCGAGGUGGUGCAGCGUCUGCUGGCGUCCAGCUCUGACCAGCGGCAGGUGGAAAUCGCCUCGGUGCUGGAAAACUACUUUAAGCUCCUCAACUCGGACCCGGCGGCCGUGGUCGCUGCUCGACAGCAGCAGCAGCAGCAGCAGCAGCAGCAGCAGCAGCAGCAGCAGGCUAAGGGACGAGUGCCGACGCUGGGGCGACACUGGGAGAGUCGCUUUGUGGCGCUGCAAGUGCACAUGCUCGACACGAUCAGGGACAUGUUCCUGUGCUCAGACAGACCUGUUCUACAAGCCAUUUUCCUCAACAGCAACUGUUUCGAGCAUCUGACUCGACUUCUGCAGAACAGCAAGGUGUUUCAGGGGCGACUCGACUCCCUCGCUGUAGCCACCAUCAAAGCCCUGACAGUAGUGAUGCACAAAUCACCAGCUGCAAAGGAGGUAUUCAAGGAGAGGAUUGGUUACAAUCAUCUGUAUGAAGUGCUCAUCUCACUGGGCCAACCAUCGCGACACCUUCUCAAAGAACUGAUGAACAUGGCGGUGGAGGGCGAGCACAGCUCAGUGGGUCUCCUGGGUAUAAGUAACGUGGAGCCCUUGCUGCUGCUGGUCCAGUGGCUCCCGGAGCUGGACUCUUCGGAGCUGCAGCUUUUCACGACUGAUUGGCUCCGCCGCCUCAGCUGCCUUAAUCGUCAGACCCGCGCCACCUGUGUCAACGCCAGCAUGGUCAUGCAAGCGCUAGCUGCCCUGGAACGCCAUGAGCGACUUCAUCGAGCUUGUGCCGAGAGCCUGCUGGGGCUGGUCGGCUCACUGGGCUCCCAGUCAUUGAGCGCGAGGGAACUUCUGGGGUUCCUGCGCCUCCUCAGGCCCCCAGAGUCAAGCCAGGCUCAUCCCUAUGUGGGUCCCGCCCUGAGAGCCCUCCUGACUAUGGUACGCAAACAGGGCCUGGAGAGUGCAAUGCAGUAUUUUGACCUGUCGCCCAGCAUGGCCGGCAUCGUCGUGCCAACCGUGCAGCGCUGGCCAGGCUCCGCCUUCAGCUUCCUUGCCUGGUUGUCUCUGGAUCAGGAUCAGUUGGGUCCACCCAGCAAAGACAAGAGGAAACAGCUCUACAGCUUUUUCACCCCGGGAGGAACGGGGUUUGAGGCCUUCAUCAGCUCCGCUGGUGUCCUCGUGGUGGCCGUUUGCACCAAGAAGGAGUAUGUCACCGUCAUGCUGCCCGACUACUGCUUCUGUGACUCUCUCUGGCACAGCAUCGGUGUUGUUCACGUACCAGGAAAGAGGCCAUUUGGUCAGAGCCUCGUCUACAUUUAUGUUGAUGGACAGCAGAAACUGUCUGCUCCCCUUAAGUAUCCCACCAUGACAGAGCCAUUCACGUCGUGCUGCAUCGGCUCCGCCGGUCACCGCACCACAACGCCACCGCCCUCCCAGAUUCCCGACCCCCCCUUCUCCUCCGCCACCACACCCACCACUCGCUCCUCGCUGGGCAGCAUCCUGUCGCCGCAGACGUGGGGCGGGUUGCUGGGCGGGAAACCCGAGUCUGUGACUAAGCUGAUCUCGGCGGGGACGCAGGACAGCGAGUGGGGAAGCCCCACGUCGCUGCAGGGGCAGCUGGGAAGCGUCAUGGUGUUCCACGAGCCGCUGCAGCCCAACCACGUCAAAGCCAUCUGCAGCUCUGGUCCAAACUGCAUCUCUCCGUUAAAAGCCCAGGAGUCGGAACACGGCGACGUUUCGUCCAAACUGCUGCUACACUACUCACCCAAGGCCUGUAAGAAUCCCAUUUGUCUGGAUCUGUCUCCCAACAAACUGCACGGACGACUCACUGGAAACAAAGUCGUCAACUGGGACAUCAAGGACAUGGUCAACUGUGUGGGCGGCGUCUCCGUGCUCUUCCCUGUCCUGGAGCAGUUGUCCCUGAUGACGUCGGAUCAGGACCAGCACGGCAGCGAUCCCGCUGCGGGGUCAGAGUUCAUCACCCCGGACGUUUCCACUCCGGCGGACGGAGACUGGGUCAUCCUCCCAUCCAACAGAGCUUCAGAGGCUCGUCUGGAGAAGAACCUGGUGGCCACCUUCCUGUUGGUGCUGAAGCACUUCCUGCAGAGACAUCACAUCAACCAGGAGAACCUCCUGCACUCACAUGGUGUGGCGACACUGGGAGCUCUGCUGCAGAAGUUGUGUUCAGGUCAGGUGGACGUGAGCGUGCUGGUGGCCGUGCAGCUGCUGAUCGAGCAGGUGACGUACGAGAAGAACACGUCUCUGCUGCAGCAGCUUCACACGCAUCUGCUCUUCAACUUCAACAUCUGGAGCAGAGGAGACUUCCCGCUGCGCAUCGGUCAUAUCCAGUACAUGUCCACUGUCAUUAAAGACAACAGGAAACAGUUCAGGAAAAAAUAUGGCGUCCAGUUUCUGUUGGACACCAUUCGUCUUUAUUACGGGAAGAACAACAACAACAACAAAGAGAGCGACCUGAGCGAGGACGAUGUCCGCACCAUCCGCGCGUCGCUCUGCGGCCUCGUCAAGUACUACAUCAGCAAGGGCAUGUCGCAGGAGGAGAUGCACAGCAUUCUGGGAUACAUGGCUGCCAUCGGAGAUGAAGACCAGCUGUGUGUCCUGCUGGAGUUGCUGCUCAGCCUCUUCCAGAGCAGUCCGGCCCGGGACCAGAUCUUCCUGCUCCUCUUUGAGCCCGGAGCGGCCGACUCCUGCUACGCUCUCCUCCUCAACAACAAACACUCGGACCGACUCCGGGAGCUCGUCUUCAAGCUGUUUGAGCGCAUGCUGCGCUGCGACCGCGUCUACGAGAAGAACAAGCAGCGUCUGAGGCUGAGGGAGGCCGGUUACUCCGGGCUGUCGCUGCUCUUCUCUGAGCUCCACGUCACACCCACGCUCGUCCGCUGUCUCCUCAACCAGGUCCUCCACACAGAUCACGUGGUGAACUACAAGGACCUGAUGUCUCUGGUGCAGCUCACACACCGGGCUGGACCUGCUGUACGACUCAUAGUCUGCAAACGGGUGUACCAGCUGCUUCAGUCUCAGCAGGACGCUGCAGUCCAGAUCUCAAAGCAGCAGUGUUGGCAGGACACGCUGAUGCGUCUGUACCUGCGCGGUGACAGCUCCGUGCCGCCGCGCUGCUCCGACACUGUCAGCACCUGCAGCCUGGAGAUGAGCCGCGGCGGCGGCAGCAACACCCGCCUGGAGCUGCCGCUGGAGAGGAGGACGCGCGUGGGAAGCGCCGGGCUACUGGAGGACGACCGGCUCAGCGUCGGCGACGCGCGCUCCGUGGACAGCCUGGACAAUGGCGACGUCAUCUCGCUCCUGGACACGCCCUCUUCCUCCGCGUCCACAGAGCCGCAGCUCCAUGCCAAACCCUGGGUGGUGGGGAAGUCCGGCGGCCUGACGCUGGACCUGUCGCACCUGCAGGCGUACGAGGGCGGCGACAGCGGCAGCCAGACGCCCGGAAGCGCGCCCAGCACGCCGUCGCCCGUGGAGGCGUCCAAGCCCUUCCCGGGGAUGUUGGGGGAUCGGGACGCGGCCAAUGAAGACAGUUUCCUCUUCAGUGACAGCAUCUCGCUGGGAGAGUCCUUCAACAAUGCUGAGAGGACGGAGGAGGAACUGUGCAGCAUGCUGCUGGAGAUCGUGCUAUGUGUGAUGUGGCGUGGCGUGGAAGGGUCCGACGACUCAGCGUGGCUGGAGCGCGGUCAGGUCUUCUCCGCUCUCACCAAACUGGGCACCAGCAACGAGCUGCUGCUCCCGGUCGACCACAUCAAACUCAGUCUGAUGGAGCGGAUGUUGGAGUGCGCGGUGGGCGAUAACCGCGAGGCGUCGGCCGCCACGCUGCCCCAGCACACGGAGAACGCGGUGCGGCUGCUGCACAUGGUGCAGGACUUCCUGCAGGCCGAGGGCCUGGUGAGUCCGGCGCUCUGGACGGAGAAGGUUCUGGAGGAGACGGUGACGCUGAUGGACAGCCUCAUGGUGUGGUACUCCGCCGGAGACCAGUGGUUCCAGCUGUCGCAGCUCGGACUGAGGCUGCUGCUGGGCUUCAUGGCGCAGGAAGACACUGAGGUGUGCGCCAUGGCAACAGCCAAGCUCAAUGGCAUCCUGCAGACCAAGGAGGUGUCGAGCCAGGACGAGGCCUGCUACCUUCUGGGGAAGGUGGAAGGAAUCCUGCGCCGCUCCAUCCAGGAGCAGGCGGAGGAGGACACGUACUCCUUCCUGGUCCCUCUGCUGAGGACGCUGCUGUCCAAAGUCCACCGUCUCCUCUACAUGGAGCUGCAUCUGCCGCAGCUUCCCGAUACCAACGGCAGCCCGUCCUUCUUCGAGGACUUCCAGCUCUACUGCAAGUCGCCCGAGUGGCGCGUCUACCUCGACAAAUACAUAAUCCCGUACAUGAAGCAGUAUGAGAUUGAGACAUUCAGUCAGGGACACGAGACCAUGGCUCUGUACUGGAAGGAGUGCUACGAGGCGUUCAUGGUCAGUCUGCACCGGAGAGAGCGGGAGCGCGGCGAGAGUAAGAUACGCUUCCAGGAGCACUUUGUGGAGCCCUUCUCUCGCCGAGGACGCCAGGAGAACCUCCGCCACAACAGUAUGUUGAAGCAGCAUCACGGCCUCAGCGGCGCCAUCCUGAGGCAGUGGAAGGCGGCGCGGCGCGGCCUGGUGUGUGAGAGAGGACCGUGGGCCGACAGGCAGCAGGACGAGAUGCACUGCAGAGUCUCCAGCGCUGAGAACUUCUCCCGCAUGAGACUGAAGCUCGUACGCAACUACAACUUUGACCCUCACAGAGAAGCCAGCGCUCUGAGGGACAACCUGGGUGUUCAUCAGCAGCGCGUGAACGCCGAGUCUCUGCUGCUGGAGGCGGUGAAGCAGGUCAAAGUCAGCGACCUGGACGACGACAUCCUGGACCUGCCCGAGGACGACCCCGCCGCCGCCGCCAACACGCAGGCUGAAGCAGAGGAGGCGGGGCAGAAGGAGAAGCUGGUGCUGUCUGAAGACUGUGAGCUGGUGACGGUGGUGGACGUGGUGCCCGGACGCCUGGAGCUCACCACGCAGCACAUCUACUUCUACGACAGCAGCCAGGAGAAAGAGGAAGGUGUGGGCCACGACUUCAAGUGGCCACUGUCUCAAAUCCGGGAGGUGCACCUGCGGCGCUUUAACCUGCGCCGCUCCGCUCUGGAGAUCUUCCUCAUCGACCAGACCAACUACUUCCUCAACUUCAAGAAAGAGGCGAGGAACAAGGUCUACGGCCGCAUGUUGAUGCUGCGAUCGCUCAAUCUGUACGGAACGCGCUCGCCGCAGGAGCUGCUCAAAGCCUCGGGACUCACACAGAAAUGGGUGAACCGGGAGAUCUCUAACUUUGACUACCUGAUGCAGCUGAACACGAUCGCGGGCCGGACGUACAACGACCUGGCUCAGUACCCGGUGUUUCCCUGGAUUUUGUCGGACUACACGUCGGAGGAGCUGGACCUGAGCGACCCACGCGUCUUCAGAGAUCUGUCCAAGCCGGUGGCCGUGCUGAACGAACGCAACGCCAAGGCGGUUCGAGAGAAGUACGAGAGCUUCGAGGACCCGACCGGCACCAUCGACCGCUUCCACUACGGCACUCACUACUCCAACGCCGCCGGAGUCAUGCACUACCUCAUCAGAGUGGAGCCGUUCACCUCCAUGCACAUCCAGCUGCAGAGUGGACGGUUCGACUGCGCCGACCGUCAGUUCCACUCCAUCCCAGCGACGUGGCAGACGCUCAUGGACAACCCCAACGACGUUAAGGAGCUCAUCCCAGAGUUCUUCUACUUCCCCGAGUUCCUUGAGAACCAGAACGGUUUUGACCUUGGUCGCCUGCAGAUCUCUAAAGAGCGCGUGGACGACGUUGUGUUGCCUAAAUGGGCCAAAUCCCCCGAGGACUUCAUCUACAAGCACCGUAAAGCCCUGGAGUCAGAUUACGUGUCCACUCACCUUCACGAGUGGAUCGAUCUGAUCUUUGGUUUCAAGCAGAGAGGCCCCGCGGCCGUGGAGGCGCUCAAUGUCUUCUACUACUGCACAUAUGAGGGUGCAGUGGACCUGGACUCCAUCACUGAUGAGAAGGAGAGGAAAGCGGUGGAAGGAAUGAUCAACAACUUUGGACAAACACCGUGCCAGUUACUCAAGGAGCCACAUCCAGUGCGUCUGUCCCAGGAGGACGUGGACAAGAGGAAGUCUCAGCUGGACUCGUCUCCUCUCAACAUGUUUGAACACCUCAACGACCUCAAGUCCUUCUUUGUCGAGGGCAUCAGUGACAGCGUGCCGCUGGUUAAAGCUGUGGUGCCAAAGAAUCAGUCACAUUCCUUCAUCACCCAAGGAAGCCCCGACACUCUGGUGACGGUGAGUCAGAACUGCUUGGUGGGGACUCAUGGGUGGCUGCCUUACAACAAGAACAUCUCCAACUACUUCACUUUCAUCAAAGACCCCACAGUGUCGCACACAAAGACCCAGCGCUUCCUGUCGGGACCCUUCGCCGCCGGCGUGGACGUGACGACCGGUCUGUUUGUGGUCUCCCACGACGGGAAGCUGCUCUUCAGCGGCGGACACUGGGACAACAGUCUGCGCGUCACCUCGCUCGUCAAGGGCAAGACUGUGGGGCAGCACAUCCGACACAUGGACAUCGUGACGUGUUUGUCCACUGACCACUGCGGCAUCCACCUGAUCUCCGGCUCCAGAGACACCACCUGUAUGGUGUGGCAGGUUCUGCAGCAGGGCGGAGCUCCUGUGGGUUUGUCUCCCAAACCUGUGCAGGUGUUGUACGGACACACGGACGGGGUGGUCAGCGUCAGCAUCAGCACGGAGCUGGACAUGGCCGUGUCUGGAUCACGGGACGGGACGGUGAUCAUCCACACGGUGCGUCGCGGUCAGUAUAUGCGCUGCUUGCGGCCGCCCUGUGACAGCUCUCUGCCGCUGUCCAUCCUCCACCUGGCCGUGUCGUGGGAGGGUCACCUGCUCGUCCACACCUGCCUCGAGGGCAAGGCCACGCUCAAGGAUAAAAAUGCUCUGCACCUGUACUCUGUGAAUGGAAAGCACCUGUGCAGUGAGACUCUGAAGGAGCAGGUGACUGACAUGUGUGUAUCUGGGGAACAUGUGGUCACCGGCAGUGAGCAGGGACUCCUCACCAUCCGUGACCUGUACAGUCUGUGCCUGAGCUCCGAGCCCAUCGCCAUGCGCGUGCCAGUGCGCUGCGUCUCCGUCACCAAGGAGCAGAGCCACGUGCUGGUGGGCCUGCAGGACGGGAAGCUGAUCAUCGUGGGUGUGGGGAAGCCGGCCGAGAUGCGUUCAGGUCAGAUCAGCAGGAAGUUGUGGGGCUCCAGUAGGAGAUUGACUCAGAUUUCUUCAGGAGAGACCGUCUACAACACGCAGCACGACCAUCAUCACCAAUCACAGCCCUGACUCCUCCUCCUCCUCCUCCCUGACCCCUCCCCUUGCACACCGUCAACCCAGUCAGCCUCCACACACACACACACCUGAUUCUGUUUUUUUCUUAAUCUGUCAUUGUUCAACACAGUGUGUGUGUGUGUGUGUGUGUGUGUGUGUGUGUGUGUGUGUGUGUGUGUGUGUGUUGUCCUGCGCUGGAUUGAGCGUAUGGUGCUGGCGCUGUGGUUCAAAUCCUCAGCAGCACACGUGCACACACACACACAUGCAUGCGCGUGUGUGUCACAUGGCCUUGUCGUCUCAGCAGCCUUACACAGCGCCAUCAUCAGUCACAUGACCAAACUCUCCGCCUUCCCCACUCACACAUGCUUUUGUUUUAAUUCAUUUGUUUAUUUGUCGUUGUUUUUUUGUUUUUUUUGACAAAUAUUUUGACAAACGACAAACGUCGCGUUUUCGGUCGGACUGUAAAUAAAGACGUUGUGAUGAUGUCACGUGGAGUCUGUGGAGCUCCGGUGUCAAGGUCCCACCCCCCACAUCACUGUACGCUGUCAAUCAUGUUUUUUUCCAUAAACAUCGAUCACGUUUUUUGUUUUUUUUAAUCUUAUGGAGGAGGCGGGGCUACUGACCUGUACUGCCACCAGCCACCAGGGGGCCAUCUUCAUUUUCACACUACAAGCUUCCGUGCGAAGAUUUAAGACACUUUUAUUUCCUGCGAAUGUCGUCGUUUUUUUUACUUGAAUCCACAUUUUCGUUUUUGAAUCGUUUUUGACAGUUUCCGAUGUCUGAAGAAGAAAAGUCGUCCGUGUUAAAAGCAAUACUCCCCCCCCCCGUUUUUAGAUUAACCAGGAUUAUAAAUGUGCUCUAACCCCGCCCACUCAAUCCUCCGCCGUCAUUGUCACGUCUCAUUCUCACAGUGGCUGAUGUCGUCAGAGUUUGUCAGAUCUUUGUGUCUUCGUGUCGCGUUUUCACAAAAAAAAAAUCUUUAUGUCAGUGGUUCUUUAAGUCAAGUUCGAGAGCUGUAGCUGAUUAAAAUAUCGGACAACGUUUGGAUGCUGAAAAUCGCGGACUGAAAAGAUCGGAAUUAACAAGAGAUAUUUGUUUUUUGCCGUAGCCGUAAACGUUAUCUGCAAAUUUCAUACAUUUCUGACAGAAAAUCACUAACUCGUGAUGCAAAUAAUGCAAAGAUGUGACGUUUGUAAAAGUUUGUCGGCGCUGAGAUUUUCCAGUUGACCCUGUAUCGUAUCAGGAGAGGGCGGGGCCAAAAUAGCAUCAGGAAAUAGUUUUACAUGGUUACGUCAUGUGGUUAAAGGUCGCUCUGUUGUUGGCUAAGAGUUGGCUGUAGCAUUAGCUAGAGGUGAGUUAGCUUUAGGGUUAGCUCCAGGUGAGUUAGCUCUAGUGUUAGCGCCAGAUGAGUUAGCUCUAGUGUUAGUGCCAGGUGAGUUAGCUCUAGUGUUAGCUCCAGAUGAGUUAGCUCUAGUGUUAGCUCCAGAUGAGUUAGCUUUAGUGUUAGCUCCAGAUAAGUUAGUGCUAGCGUUAAUGUUUUUUUACGCAUUUAAUUUGCGUGAAUAAUCACAAAAUCAUGCAAGAAACGCGACUUAGCAGAUCUGUUUGCGUUGAUUUAAUUCCGUCCUGCGAAGUUCCCUUGACCCUAAAGGAGUUAGUUUCCUGUCCCUGAACGUCUCACAGGGUUUUAUCAAUGGACACAAACUGUUUUUUUCUUUGUUUCUUUUGUAUUUUUUGUGAUUUUUAUGUUUAGUUUUAUUUAAACGUGGCAGUGAGACGCAGAGCAGACACCCGUCCGUGUCCCUCUUGAAGACAUCUCCUCUUGUCUCUGGUCCACAUUCAGACAAAAGACCACUGUUUGAGUGCCUUUAUCCCGGUGUGAAGUCGUGUUUUUCCUCUCAUUACUGAAGCUCAGUCAUUCCACCACUUUAAUCUACACUUUUAAAGAAUGAGAAAAUCACCGCCGUCAUUCUCUGUGUCCUCUCUCACCAUAAUGGAUGUGUAUAUAUCUGUGAUUAUUUAUGAAUACAGUAUAUAGAUAUAUAUAAAUAUUAUGUACAGCAUGAUUUUUAUUUCAUCGUAUUUGAAAAAAAUGUCCUUUUGCACUUUCCAGGUACUAAAUAGUUUUAACUGGGCUCAUUAAUCUGUACAAAAGCUUUGUAUACACACAUGGAAAUGAUCAUUAAAGUCUGUUCUGAACUCA